GUCGCGAAGCUGAAGAAGAAAGGGGUGGCCAACCCUUUCGUGUGCGCGGACUUGCGCGAUUGGUCGCCGUUGGACGCGCCCCCCGCCGCCGGCGCCAACGCGCUGACAUGGAACGAGUGGCGCAUGGCCAUCGAUGCGUACCCCGCGCGCGUUCGGCGCAGUGUGCUUCGCAACGCCGCCUUUCGGCUUCCUGCGAGUUACGCAAUUGGUGCAGCCGUGGCAGACCAACUGGCGUACGUGUCCGCCAUGGCCCACAAGCAAAUUUGCAUGAGGGUGGCCACGAACGCGCGCCUGGGCGGCCGGAAAGCCCAUUUGGGCAUGCUCUACGACGAGAGCUGCCGCAAGGACUGGGCCGAGAAAGCAGCCGCGGGAGUGCCGGACUUCGCGGUAGACGUGGAGGCGCGGAAGGUUUGCCGCGAGCUGCUGACCGUGGCCGAGCAGGCGUACGACCGCGCCGAAAGGCCCGCCCGCGGCGACGCGCCCACGCGAUUGUUCGCCGCGCGCGCCGACAGGUCGGCGAAGCCCGCGAGCAAGCCCUCGAAGAGCGGCGGCGGCGCGCCCCCCCGGCGGGCCAAGGGCGCGGACGGCGCGUGGACCGCC